AUGCAAGGUCCUCGUAUGUGGUAUCAAUUUUUCUUGGCCUCACAAUAUGCUUUGCAAGGUAUACUAUACGGACUUCAACUAAGAUAUCUUCCCAUAAUUCUGCGCAAAUCUGGAUCGUCGCUUCUUCUCGUGGGAUCUCUGAAUCUGCUGACGUUCCCUUGGCUUUUAAAAUCUCUGUGGGCACCGAUCAUCGAUAUCUACGGUAACAAAACCUUUUGGCUCUCGACAAGUUAUGCAGGAACUGCGCUUGCACUUUUACUGGCAAGGGUUGACGACAGAAUUAUUUUCAUAACCUCAUUGGUAUUACUUAAUCUAUUUUCUGCCACGGUUGAUUUGACGCUUGGAAAAAUACUGCUGUCAAAAUUUCAUGGAGACCAAUUAUCAAGGGCAAGCUCACUUCAGAUCAUUGGCUACAAAAUUGGCUUUUUAAUAGGAGGAGGCCUGACUCUAUUAGCUGCGGAGUAUUCCUUAAUGAGAAAAGAAAUAUUCUUUGCCCUCGCUAUCUCUUAUUUCUCCCUGAUGGUGACACUUUUUGUCACGAAAAGCUACGUGACGCCCGACGUUUGUCCUAAACCUGAAAUAUUGCGUUACUCAGAGACCACACGGAUGAGUGGGUUCUCGCGCACACCAGGGUUGCAAUGGAUGAUAGCGUGCGCGUGUGUGUAUAAAUAUGCGUCGCACUCUUCGCAGUCAAUAUUCACCAUGUUCCUGAUAGAUACCGGAGAGAGCCUAGGCCGUAUUGGCUUCUUGUCUGGAAUGGUGGGUCAAGGUAUCUCAAUUGCUGUUGCUUCUAUGUGGGGAGUGGCUCUGUCAGCAAAAAGGUGAGAUGAAGGGGAUUUGUAAAUUUUUCAUAGUUUUUUUUUUUCGUUUUUUUCGUUUUUAAGAUAGAAUCUGCUCGUAAAUGAAGACUGAAAAUUAAAAGUAGCCUUUCUUUUGGCAAUCUUACCAACGUUUACUUCAUCAUUUGUCGCUCAGCCUUUAACCCGUGCAAAGUUGCGACCUUCCCCUAACCUUUUAACUCCCACAUCACAUUUGCAAUUCUCCUUACUGUCAACAAUACAAUUCUUAUAAUGUUAGCUCAGAGAAUUUAGUAUUGGAUCAACUAAUUAUCCCCAAAUUGAUAUUUCUCUUUAUUCUCAUCACUUAUCUGGUUGAUAUUGUACUGAUAUUGUAAGGAGAAAUUCUGUCUUGGUCACUCAUGGGAGUUAAAGGGUUAAGAAAAAUCGGCAACGGAACCCAAUUUUCCAAUUUUCUAGGGGUGGAGGUCACUGUACACGAGCUGGGUAUUUUUUUUUAUCCUAGAAGAUAUAAUUUUACUUAAAAAGAUUCGGAUAUGUUUAGGAAUGAACGUAGUGCCAUACUCCAGUAGUACAAAUUUUGAAGUACCGCACAGCAGCAUAAUUUACCAAACGGCAACAAAUUUUUUAAGGAUGGGGGUGGGUACACAUACGUAAACCUGCUUUCUUUAAAUUUGACACUUUCAGAUUUAUGGUAUGGUAAUAAAGUUAAUACCCGUUGUUUUCAUUUUUGUCCAAUUCUAGGAUACUUCCUACGCAGCUUUUCUUACUGACGUCCUUGUUAUCUGUUUGUUCAGUUUUCGCUCAGCUUUGUGUUGUCUGGUUGAAUGACACGAAGUUUAUAGCCCUUGGUAAGUGUUAACUCCUGAGAGGGUCUGAUUAGGAGUCAUGUGCGGUGAUACAUUACUUUAGCUACUUUCUAAUUACUCGCAAUGUUCUGCUCUUUAGCGAUUUACUUGACGUGUCAAUCACGCAAUGUGUCAAGGUGCCUCCAUUUUCCUUGUGGACGGUUUCGUGAGUACACCGAAAACUCCAUAGCUGAGCAAUUCAAUUGUCAAACGUCUGGCUUGUGCUUACGUGGAAACAACUAAGCAGCCUGACAUCUUGAUCACUAAUUGUUUAUCUAAGUUUCUAUGUUUUUCACUUACAGUAUACCUGAUGCUCAGUGUAGUUCAUGGGUCCCAGGCCACUCCUGUCUAUACACUCAUGUUGCGAUGUUCCCAGAAUGCACCCCCAUCCGUGCAAACGACUUGUUACUCUUUCCUUGGUACUUUGGAAAUUCUUGGUAAACAGUUGUCGUUGUUCAUAGCAGGAGUCCUAACAGAGGCAUUGGGAUAUGUAGCUGGUUUAUACAUCUCACUUGUGGUUUCCUUUUUUGUUAUCAUUUUAGUUUGGCAUUGUCCGAAAUAUCUUCGAUGCCCUUAA